AUGCCUCCAAUUUCUAGGAAGAGACUGUCUCGAAGUGAUGCUAACCGUACGAUAAGAAAUCUGGUGAAAGCGUUAACAAAUGUAAAUGCACCCCGAGAGAAGUCUUUGUCGGAGUUAGCCUCUGAAAUGAGCAAAAGGAUUAGUCAGAGCAAACCCUCGACCUUUGAUGGAAAGGGGGAACCGUCAGAACUGGAACUUUGGUUAAGAGAAUUUGACAAACUUUUCGAUGUCGUUGAGUGCCCAGAAGAAUUAAAAGCUUUGGAGAAUGUGUCGGGCUUCUAUCAGAAGAAAGCAAGGAAUUUUGGAAAUUUUCAGGGAGGCGGGUCUAGUUCGAAUUCAGGAAUUAGGAACAACGUGAAGCUUACUAAGCCAUUAUUGGACAGAGAUGGCAAUGAGAGGAAGUAUUUCUGUAAGAGGUGCAAGAAAAAUCAUCCGGCAAAGGAUUGUGAAGGAAAUCUGAUCGAAUGGGGGAGAAGUCAACAUCCGAGUGGUCAAAACCGGCAACAAAAUUUAAACAACGCUGGUAGUCAAGCCAGUCAACAGCACGGGAAUGGAAAUCGUGGUAAUGCUGAUCAGAGAUUCCAGCGACCUUUUUAUGGCGGGCAAGGCCGGGUAGAUGGAAAUCGAGUAGAAGGGUCAGGAAUGCAGCGCGGGGGAAAUCACGUGGGAGGAAAUAAUGUACAGCCGGCGAGCGGAAGGGUAUCUGCGAGAGCAGAGAGUUUUGUUGGAAGGACCAAGAGCCAGGGGGAUAAGAAAGAGGGGAAUCCCCAGGAUAUUGCUGUGGUGAAUGAAUUUUUGGAUGUUUUUCCUGACGAGAUUCCCGGAAUGCCACCACAACGGGAAAUUGAUUUCACGAUCGACUUGAUACCGGGGACUGGACCGGUUUCUAAGGCCCCUUAUCGUAUGGCUCCAAAGGAGAUGGAGGAAUUGAAGUCUCAACUUGAAGAAUUAAUAGCUGAAGGGGAUAUACAUAAAACCGCUUUCAGAACACGAUAUGGGCAUUAUGAGUUCACAGUGAUGCCGUUUGGGUUGACAAAUGCUCCAGCCGCGUUCAUGUGCUUAAUGAACCAAGUGUUUAGUGCAUACUUGGAUAAAUUCGUCGUUAUCUUUAUCGAUGAUAUAUUGGUCUAUUCGAAAGACCGAGAAGAACAUCAGGAACAUCUACGAUUUGUCCUGCAAACCCUGCGAGAAAAUAAGUUGUACGCGAAGUUGUCAAAGUGUGAAUUUUGGUUGGAUAAGGUAUCGUUUUUGGGUCAUUUUGUCUCUAAGGAAGGUAUUUCGGUGGAUCCGGUAAAGGUGGAGGCAGUUCGAAGUUGGCCGUCACCUAAGAACGUCACCGAGGUACGAAGUUUCCUAGGUUUGGCCGGGUAUUACCGUCGUUUUGUUAAGGAUUUCUCGCGUAUUGCUCGGCCCAUGACCUCGUUAAUGAAGAAAGAGAAGAAGUUCGAAUGGACGGAUGAAUGUGAACAGGCCUUCAUGACUUUGAAGGAAAGGUUAACUACGGCCCCUGUUCUUACUCUACCUGACCCUAAGUUGGAUUAUACUGUUUACAGUGACGCAUCAAAGAAAGGGUUGGGUUGUGUUCUGAUGCAGGACCGUAAGGUGAUUGCUUAUGCAUCACGACAACUGAAGGUACAUGAAGUUAAUUAUCCGACCCAUGAUCUGGAAUUAGCCGCUAUAGUUUUCGCUCUCAAGAUAUGGCGGCAUUACUUGUAUGGCGUUAAGUGUAGGAUUUACACUGAUCAUCAGAGUCUGAAAUAUCUCUAUACACAACCUGACUUAAACAUGCGACAACGUCGGUGGUUAGAGUUGAUGACAGAUUAUGAUCUGGAGUUCGUAUAUCAUGAGGGGCGGGCGAAUUUGGUGGCCAUGGGUACAACGUUGCUCUAUAGUACGUCGUUUCAUCCGCAGACGGAUGGACAGACAGAACGAACGAAUCAGGUAUUGGAGGAUAUGUUACGUGCUAUUGCCAUGGAGUGGCAAGGUCCGGUUUAUUGGGACGAUUUUACUGAAGCGGUGACCUUAGGACCUGAAUUGUUGUUUCAGAUGAGUGAGAAGCAUGUGUGUUCUAUGUUUUCCGUUGUCACAUAA